AGCCUCUGAGGAUGAGGACAAGGAUUUUUCGGUUGAGCCUGCGGUUUCUGUGGGGGUAAACAAAAGUGCUUUUCGAGAUGGGAAUGUUUUGGGUAGAUCUGUUGUCAGGGAAACAGGCAGUGGUUCUCGUGAGAAUCAGCCGGGAAAUAACUCUGAAAGAAAUGUGGAGGAAACAGGUAGGUUACAGAUCAGAUGGAUUAGUACGAAACAGAAACUGAAAGAUAAACGAAGGGAUCCUACGCAUGAGAAAGAGAGAUGUCAUGGGCCAGAAGGACUAUUCUUAAGGAAUUGGGAGUCAAUGCUCGUUGGGGAGAUCAGUGUUGGAUUUCCAUGUGUCAAGUUACCUAUCUUGGGAGCUCCGAGUUAGGAGUUCUGUUCUUGGGUGAGGACCUUUUCCCCUCCUCCGAUAAGGAGGACAGAUUGUCAAACUCAACAAGAGCCUCUUUAAAAUCAGUACCAACAUGAAGCCGGAGAUGAUGGGUACUGAUGAAAGGAAUAAACCAAGGAGACUGCAAGGACAGACCAAGGAGAAACAGGAACCAUGGGAGAAGCACCCCAUAUUUCAGAAGCAGAAAGUCUUUGUUGAAUGCAAGUCCUUAAUUGAUGAGCUUUUAGAAGUGCAACAUUUUCGUACCAUCUACAACAUCUUUGUGGCCAUGCUUUGUAUCUUCAUUCUUCGGGCAGUCAUUGUGGAUUUCCUCGAUAAUGGAUGCUUUGUCCUGGAUUUGGAAAUAUUCACUUUUUCUUUUGGAGGGCUGCACAUGGUACCCUUGCCUUGGCUUAUCAUGUUUCUCUACACCUUAUUAAUGCCCUACAAGGUGCUACAAAUCUGGGCCACCUCCGUAAAGACUCUCCAGUUCCCCACUCUCCUCACGGUCAUUGCAGCAGUGGUGUUGCUGAUUGGCCAUACUACUGUUUUGGGCUUCUAUCCUAUCUACACGGUCGUCUCCCAGCCUUUUGGACCUGCCUCCCGUUUAAUCAUAAUCCUUGAGCAGUUGCGUUUUUUGAUGAAAAGCCAUUCUUUCCUGCGGGAAACUGUGCCUCCCAUCCUUCGGGCCACAUCAAAUAAUGGGAAGAUGCAGCCACCUCAAUUCUCUACUUAUCUGUAUUUUCUCUUCUGCCCUACUUUCAUCUACAGGGAGCAUUACCCAAGGACGCCUGAUGUUCGCUGGGGGUAUGUCAUCGGGAACUUCACUAAGUUCUUUGGAUGUCUGAUUUCUAUAGCCAUGCUCUACAAGUGCCACUUCAUCCCUGUUUUCAGUAACGCAAAUAAGCAUCCCUUCAGCUUCAAAACUCUGGUGGUCUACAUCUUCAAUGCAAUCGUGCCAGCAAUAUAUUGCUUGCUGCUGAGCUUCUUUGGCUUUUUACACUGUUGGCAAAAUGCCUUUGCUGAAAUGCUGCGCUUUGCUGACCGCAGUUUCUACAAGGACUGGUGGAAUGCCACAUCUUUCCCUGUAUAUUUCCGGAACUGGAAUUUGAUAGUACAUGACUGGCUGUACUAUUAUGUCUAUCAGGACCUCAUGUGGAUACUCAAAGGAAAGGCCCAAUCUGUGGCUUUGUUGUCUACCUUCAUUACUUCAGCUGUCGCCCAUGAAUAUGCCAUCACAUUGAGCUUUGGCUUCUUCUACCCAUUUCAGUUCAUAUUAUGGAUCUUAAUCGUUUUAGGAGGAAUAAUUCAUUCUACCCCCAAUCGUGGGAACAAAAGCCCAAAUAAGAAUAUCCAAUUUUGGGCAUGCUUCCUGGUGGGUGUAGCGCUUCAGUUCAGCCUGCCGUCCCUAGAGUGGUAUGCCCAAGUCCACUGUCCAGUUCAGAAGAAUACAUUCUGGACAAGAGUGAUCCCACGUUUUUGGUCCUGUUAUUCCUAGUUUACAGCUACCCCAACGGACUUUUUGAAAAGCUCUCCCACCCCUCUGCUCUAUUGCUGAAAAAAGACCUUUCGGACAAAGGAACUUAACAUUACACUAUGUAACAUGGUUUUUGUUCCUGGGUUGUAAAUGUUAUUUCCUAAUUGGCGGGGAGAAUGGUAGCUGGAUAUUGGUCAGAAUGGAGGACCAAUCAGCCGUAGAGACGUCCCUUGGGAAGGUGCAGUCCAGGGAAAACAAUGGCACACGCUGAUGGACAUUUGAUUAGCUUAAAUGGCCAGUUCCAUGCCAAACAAAGAUAUGGAGUUCAAAAGACAAAGGUACAAGACUCGAGACAAAGCCUUGGGUAAAGGGCUUGGCUGUCAAUAAAAGAGCUAACAAAUGAACAUAUUCUGUGUCCAUGAGUGGCAGACUCUUAGCUUCAGGUGAAUUGUACAAACAUUUUGG